AUGGUCCUCCAGUCUCUUGGCACGGCCCAGCACGCGCUGGACGGCGCCCUGUCUGCGCUCCAAAGCGCUUCGCCCAAUGACAUUACCGUCGUCGACGCGGCCUUGGCCAAACUGGAAGCCACGCUGUCGGCGCUACGAAAGGCCGCCGCCGCCCCGCGGCCAGCGCGCCAGGUCGGCUACGGCGCCUUGACGCCCGCGCCGACGGCUACAGACGACCAAGUGCCCGACUCGCAGCCGUCGAUCUGGUCUGGCUUUUACAACAAGACGCUGCGGGAGCGCUACGAUGUGCUCUCGCUCAUGUACCCGUCGGCGCUGCCGUCGCACACACGCCGUGGUAGCGACGUCGACCAAAUGGGCUCGCCCAAGCUGCGCCCGCGCAAGACGAGCAUCGGGCAUGUCCCGAGCAUGGCGCUCGAGGAGAUCGGCGCGCUGCCAUCGCGAACGGCCAACCUCAUGAUCGAAAACUGCAUUGGCGUCCUUGGUAUCCCGCUCGGUCUUGGGCUCAACUUUGUGAUUGACGGCCGCAGCCUCUCGGUGCCCAUGGCCGUCGAAGAGCCGUCGGUCGUCGCGGCCGCGUCCAGUGCCGCCAAGCUCAUUGCGGCCUACGGUGGCGGCUUCCACACCGAGACAUCGGGCAACAUUAUGACGUCGCAGAUCCAGCUGCUCGACACGGCGGACGUGCCCGCGGCGAUUGCGGCGAUCGCGUCGCACCGCGACUACCUCGUCGACUAUGCCAACACCAACUUGUGCGCCAACAUGAAGCGCCGUGGUGGCGGCGUGCUCCACGUCUACGCGCGCGAGGUCUCGCCGUUGGCGCCGUCGACGGCCUUUGGCUGGUACGCGGGCUACGAUGACGAGCUCGUCGUACGCCCGAGCGGUGACGCGGCGACGCUCGUCGUGCACAUUGACGUCGAUGUGUGCGAGGCCAUGGGCGCCAACAUUGUCAACACGAUCGCCGAAGGUCUCUCGGCCGAGGUUGCGCGCAUUACGCACUCCCGCGCCGGCCUGCGCAUCCUCACAAACCUCUGCGUCGCGCGGCGCGCGCGGUCGUCGUUCUCGAUCCCGAUUGCGUCGUUGGGCUGGAAGGGUGCGGCGGGCAUGACGGUCGCCAGCCGCAUCGUCGAAGCCAACGACUUUGCGAUCAACGACCCGUUCCGGGCGGUGACCAACAACAAGGGCAUUCUCAACGGCAUUGACGCUGCCGCUGUUGCGACCGGUCAGGACUGGCGCGCGAUCGAGGCUGCCGCGCACUGCUAUGCGUCUCGCCACGGCCAGUACACGAGCUUGACCAAGUACGCGAUCGUCGGCGACAAGCUUGUCGGGACGCUCGAGCUGCCCAUGUCGGUCGGCUCGAAAGGCGGCGCGCUCCAGACGCACCCAGGGUACGCGGCGACGCAUGCGAUUCUCGGUCGUCCCUCGGCACAGGCGCUGGCGGGCAUCCUUGUCAGCGUCGGCCUUGCCCAAAACUUUGCCGCCGUCCGUGCCCUUGCCAUCACGGGCAUCAACCAGGGGCACAUGGCACUGCACGCGCGCAACAUUGCUGUCGCGGCCGGCGCGCCCAACGAACUCGUGACCGAGCUCUGCGCCUACAUGCUGGCACGCGGCAGCAUCAGCAUCGAGACAGCCAAGGCGUACUUGACGGCCCACGCCGUCUACAAGGACAUUGCGCUCGCCGAGUCGCCGACCGCGCCGCGCCGUCCGAGCAUGCUCUACGUCGAGGUCGACGUUCCUGGCUUGGCCAAGCCCAUUAGCGUCAACCUCGCGUUCAUGUCGCUCUCGGCGCCGCAGACAAUCGUCGUGACCAAGCCGAGCGGCACGACGCCGAUCCAGACGCAGCUGCUUGGCGACAAGGGGUACCUGCAGCUCCAGCGCAUGUUUACGUUCCUGGCGCAGAUGAAGGUCAUCGUGGUCGACGAAGCAUCCGACAAUGCGCGCGCGAACCUCGAGCUCCAGAACAAGCUCCUUCUGCUCUCGAUCCUCCUCAACGUCGUGACGUACCAGCUCCAGCGGCAGCACCCGACCGUCGUGCACGAAUUCAUUUCGAAUUUGCUCGCUCCCGACGUCGAAGAGGCCGGCCCGUGGGCCGAUGCGCACUUUGCCUCGGCGAAAGACGACCCGCUCCUUAGCACGGGCCUCCCACUCCUGCUUUCGAUUUGGCAAGUCUUUACGUACCACGUGGAGCAAGAAGUGUCGAGCCCGCUCCUGCAGCAAGAGCUCCUCCAGGAGCAGUGCCAUCUGCUCGACUCGAUUGCGCACUGGGUGCCGCCGCCAACGACGUUGGCCCAAGGCGAUGCGUUCGCGGCCUACAUGGAGAAGCACGCCAAGCGGUGGCAAGCCUCCAUGUUCCUCCUCAUCGACUGUGUGGCGCUCGAUAACGCCAAGCUCACGCAUGGCCGCGUCGACUUUGUCAAGCGCGUCGGCCGCUACAUUGAGUGGGAAGGCAUGGUCGCCCACGACAUGGCCCGGUAUGAGCGUGCGCUUGCGGCUGCCGACGAGCGCAACGUCUGCGUCUGGUUCAAAACGACUUUCUGUGCGGCCACCAAUAUGAGCGACGCGCUCCAAACCUUCCGACGGCUCUCGGAAGCCCACGCGCAGGCGGCGCAUACCGCGCUGUUUGCCAACGCGGCGGAAGAUACGUCGGCGCUCGUCCACCUCGCGGCGCUCGAUGCGAUCAUGAGCUUCAUUCACGCGCAUUACGACGGGCUGGGCCGCAAGAUGUCGUUCUAA